UCGAGUCAGCGGCGCCAAUCGGACAACAAGGACGCUGCGAGGUGCAGUGCGUCAUCCACGAACUACGAGCGCGGCUGACUUCAGUUGCCGCGACAACGCCGAUCGAGAGGACGGGGGAGAAAGGGCGGCGAUAAGGUCUGAAUGAUAAAGAAGGAAAGAAAUAAUGAACUUCAGCUUGCCGCAGUGAAAUUGCGGCGGCGGUCAUAACCUCCAUAACCUCGUUCGCGUGUGAAAUCGUGGCUCGUAACCGGUGGAAUGGCGGUUGGUUCGACGAAGGUGGUCCAGGUGACGAAUAUCGCACCCCAGGCCACCAAGGAUCAGAUGCAGACGCUCUUCGGGUAUCUGGGCAAAAUCGAGGACAUCAGGUUGUACCCGACAAUCCGGGAUGUCGCCGUGCCCGUGCAGUCGCGCAUCUGCUACAUCAAGUUUCACGACCAGGGCUGCGUCGCAGUGGCCCAGCACAUGACCAAUACCGUCUUCAUUGACCGCGCACUUAUAGUGAUCCCGUACCAGAACGGAGACAUUCCGGACGAGCAGCGUGCCUUGGAGCUGACCAACAAUGGCACAGUUGUGCCGGAAAUCUUUUCAGGCCUCUAUCCGUCAGAGCCGAAGCUGCCGCCGAACGUGGUGAACGCCAUUGAAGGUAUUCCUCCAAAUCAUGUCAUCACCACGAUGGACCCGAAGCUAGAAGCAAAUGGCCUGCCAUCCUAUCCGCACCUGCCGGGUCAUCUGGACAGCAGACGCAUCGAAGAGAUCCGUCGGACGCUCGUCGUGGCGAAUUUGGAUGCGUCGAUAAGCUCUGAGCAGCUGCUGGACUUCUUCAGCAACAACAACGUGGAGAUCAAGUACCUGCGUUUAUGCAGCAGGGACUCGGACGCCGAGCAUUAUGCGCUGGUGGAGCUGUCGGAACAGGCCGCCGUGGUUGCGGCAUUGAUGUUGAAUGGGAAGCAGCUGGCGGAACGUCCGAUUAAGCUGUACCACUCGACGCAGGCAAUCGCGAAGCCAGAGGCGAAGAGCAACGAGGCUGCGCAGAAGGAGAUUGAGGAGGCGAUGUCGCGGGUGAAGGAGGCGCACAAUCUCAUCUCUGCGGCAAUCGACCCGAUGAUUGGCAUGCUUUCUAAGGAUAAGCGUAGUAGAAGCGGCUCGCGUAGCCGUAAGUCCCGUUCGCGAUCCCGCGGCCGCAGUCGACGCUCGAGGUCGCGUAAGCGCUCGCGAUCGCGCCAUCGACGCUCGCGCUCCCGACAUCGGCGCCGAUCGCGCUCGCGCUCCAAACGAUCUCGAUCCAAGGACCGCAGGCGCAACUCGCCAUCGAGGCGACGCAGCAGCUCGCGCAGCCGCCACCGCUCGCGCAGCAGAUCGAGAAGGUCGAGGUCGCGCCAAUCCCCAUCCAGGUCAAAAGAACGGAAGAAGAGGUCACCGCGUCGUCGCAGUCGUUCACGUUCGCGUAGCAAGGGUUCUACAUCCAGGUCUAGACGGUCGCGUUCCAAAUCCAAGUCCAAGUCCAGGUCGUCCAAGUCCAAGUACGCCUCGGACAAGACCAAGGACAAGGAUCGGGAGAGGCGCAGCAAGGAUAAGUCGGAUAACGGUAAGAGGAGCGACAGCGAUCGGGAGAGGCCCGAAAAGGAAAGCAGCAGAAGCGAGAAGAAGUCCAGUAAGGAGAAGCGGUCCAGUGACAAGUCGGAGUCCAAACAGUCGGACGACAAAGGUAGAUCCGCAUUGGAGAACAACGACAGCAAGGAGAAAACGACGGAGUCGGAAAAUUAGACGAAGACACCGUUCACAAGCGUCCCGUUAAAUUAAACAAGCUAUCUGUCUGUAUCGCUAUGUAUUGCCACAGUAACAAAUACAUGGAUACAUCGGCA